AUCUGUAACACGACGCUAAACCUUCAUCUCCAAUAGACCCGUUACUCACUUCCAUUCAAGCCAAUAUUAAAUACAUUUCCUCUCAUCAUGCUUUAAAUGAAGUUCUAUGCAUGAUUAAGUAUACUGGAAAACCAUUCACCGUCGAUCCUUUGACCUUUCCCAUUCCUCCCACUAAUCUACCUUUUAAUUUACUCUUAAAUCACCACUAAGAUUCAUAUCCAUACAAAACCACACUAUAAAAACAGAACUCUUAUAACUCAACCAUCACAACACGCCAAAACUCAAAAUAAGAAUAAUGGCUUCUAAUAAAAGUUUCCUCUUCGUCAUCGUCACUCUUCUCCUUGUUCUCAACAUCUCCGGCAGAACACUCCCUGAGACGGUGGAUUCCACUAACAUAACGGCAAGGCUCAACGGAGGAGGACUAAUGGAGUGUUGGGACGCACUGUAUGAACUCAAAUCAUGCACCAACGAGAUCGUUCUCUUCUUCCUUAACGGUGAGACCAAACUCGGCGUUGAUUGCUGUCACGCCGUCGAAGUCAUCACCACCGAUUGUUGGCCGGCAAUGUUAACUUCUCUUGGCUUCACCUCUGAUGAAACCAACGUUCUUCGCGGUUUCUGUCAAUCUCCAAAUUCCGAUGGUUCUUCUCCGGCGCCUUCCUCUGUGAAACUUUGA